GAAUUGAAAUUAGUCGUGUGGCAAACGCUGGCUAUUAAAGUUGCUGAAAUAAUGUGGAAGUGAAUUUUACUAUGUGUUAGAAUUGACAAACAAUCGUAGCAAAGAUUUAAGAAAGCAACUAAAUGAAAGGGAAAUGGUACUGAUUAAAAUUGUAUGAAGGGCUGUUGUGGCAGGAAUAUUUAUUUACAAAGAAAACUAGAUGAAUAAAUAAUUAUAUCCCAUAAUGUGUUGAUGCUGAAAAUCACGCGUAACAAGUGGGAGUGCAAAAAAAAGAAUCAAAUAAAAAUAAAAAAACUACCAACAUACAAUUUUGUAUUAAAAUUAAAAAAAGAAACACAUUUGUCCAUAAUAGCACGAGCUCAUAAAUAGAUUAAUAUCCUCAUUUAAAGUGAACAGUAUUUAUGGUCGGAUUGUUUGGGGCAAUAAAAAAAAAUUGAACAUACAUAAAUAUGAAUAAAAAUUAAAUUGCCACAUAAAAGAUAUCUUAAUAUUCUAGCAUUGCGUCAUAUCAUGCACGUAUUGCAAGAAUAACAACACAUACAAAAGAACACAGAUACCACGCGCAUCUGCAUUGAAGAAAGAAAAACAACAAAACAGUCAAGUAAACAAAGCAAAAAUCGGCGGUUGUGCCUUUUUCAUCUAAAAUAUAAACAAAGGCAUCCUUCUUAAUGCCGUUUUAAUUAGACAAAUCUCGUACAAAUCACGAGCAGCGACAAACAAAUAAAUGUCUCUGUGCUUAAGUAUUUUAAUUGAUAUAAAGUGUUACCUAAACAACGCUUUAGUGAGUUAUAGUGAGUGUGUGCGUGUGUAUGGGCUUAGUACGCGCCACAAUAGUUUGUUCGGCUUGCUAAAACAAUCAGCGAACCAAUCGCCCACCUACCUUUUAACCCACCAACUGUGCAGUUUUAGCUGCUCAUUUCAAUUUCCUAACAGUUGCUCACACACUCGCUAAAAUAAGUCCUCCUCCAACAUGGGCAUUAAAGAUAAAAUACGUGUGCUCAAGAAUGGCACCAGCACCAGCCCCAGUCACGAAACUCCUGGCUCACCAUCUAAGGGCGUUGAUCUAUUGAAACCACAUUCCAGUCGCAAUCUAAUGGCGCCGGGCCAGGUUACCGAGCAGACAUUGCAGGUGUGGCGCGCUCUGCCGCCACAAAUACGACAUGAUCCGAGCAUGGUGUCAUUUCAGUUGGAAAAUGAGCGAUUGCAUGGCUCCUUAGUAACUACAGAUGAUGAGUCUGGUAAUCCCCAUGACAUGGAGUCAAGUUACGAAGAGGAACACAGCUUUGCAGAUUCGGAAUAUAUUAACAUGAGAAAGUUAUCACACGGCCAGAAUACAGGCGAUGAACGAAGUUUUGUCACCCCCAGCACUGAUGGCGAAUGUACACUCUCAGACAUCGAAAGCUCGACCCACGACAAAUCAAAAGCGGUUGUGACCCGUGUAGUAGCUAAACAAAAAUCGAAAGGACGACGCAAGCGUGAAAAGCUAAUAAAACGUUGUGGUUUGCUAAUCUUUUGGAUCUUUGCAGCGGUUGUCUUAAUGAUUUUCGAAGAGAAACACUUGUUGGAGAAGACACUUGAAGUGCCGUGGAACAAAACGAAAAACUUCAAGCUACCCCAGAAUCCUACUGGUGAUUUCAAACUUAAGAUCUUCGGCACCUUCAACGAAACCAUGAGAAUGUAUCGCCAUGACGAUGAUGGGAAAUUUCUGUUUGUUCAGCCACAGUUGUCCUACUAUGAUAAAGUAAACAAUAGAAAGGAUUAUAAGAAUAUUUUACAACCUUGGCUCAUACCAAUCGUUUCGGAAACAUUGUUCGAAGUCGCGCCAGUCGUGUGGCGCAACCAGACUUACGAAAUGCCGGACACGAUUUUACGAAAGUUGCAAAAACCAGGUAUGAGGAUGCGCCUCAGCAUGUACACCAAUGUUGAGAAGGAUUUCGCUGUCGAGUUGGUCUACAAUCCUUUGAUAAUCAAUAAAAAGAUUGGUACGCUACUCGCCGCGGGUAUACUGCUGAUCUUCUAUGCGCUCCUCGUGUGGGAGGUUUUCCAACGCACCUUUGUGGCAAUUGUAUGCUCUAUACUCUCAGUCGCUGUGUUAGCUUGUUUUGACGAUCGCCCGAAUAUGGAGGAGAUAAUCGAAUGGAUGGAUAUGGAAAUGUUAACACUGCUGUUUUCUAUGAUGAUUAUUGUGGGCAUCUUAGCCGAGACAGGAGUCUUUGAUUAUAUAGCCGUAUUGGCAUUUGAGACAUCGGGCGGUAAAAUUUGGCCUAUGAUAUAUUUUCUAUGCUUUAUAACAUGUUUUGUGUCGAGCUUUCUGGAUAAUGUGACUACUGUUAUACUAAUGACACCAGUGGCGAUAAGACUUUGCGAAGUUAUGAGUUUGGAUCCUGUUCCCGUGUUGUUGGGCAUUAUAGUACAGUCGAAUAUUGGCGGUUCGCUAACACCCAUUGGCGAUCCUAUUUCGAUCAUCAUUUGUUCCAAUCACUUUUUUACGAAAAACGGUAUCACAUUCACCAAGUUUGUCACUCACACUCUUCCCGGUGUCAUUCUCGUUACGAUACAGAGUUGCCUAUAUCUGCGUUUUGCAUUCCGCGACCCUCAAUCGUUGCGUCUCAACGAACCGAAAGAGUUUAAAGAUCUGCGACGCGAAAUCAAAGUGUGGCAACGUGCUGCUAACUCACUAUCCUCCUAUUCCAAAGAUGCUGACCUGGUGCGUGCUACAUUGCACAAGAAAGUGAAGCUGCUGAAGCGCACUCUGAGGCGCAAGCAACGUGGUCUAGACUCAAACGACGCCUACACGCAUACCCUGCAGGAGCUGAAGGCGAAGUAUCCCAUCAAACAUAAGACACUUUUGGUGCAAGCGUGUGGGGCGCUAGCAUUUGUGCUUGUCUGCUUUUUCGUGCAAUCGGUGCCUCAAUGGCGUACGCUGCCACUUGGCUGGUUAGCCUUGCUUGGCGUCAUUGCACUGUUGAUUGUUUUGAAUCGGGACGAUAUGGAACAUCUCUUACAUCGCAUCGAGUGGACGACGCUUUUAUUCUUUGCCGCGAUGUUUGUGAUGAUGGAAUGUGUAGAGCGCUUGGGUCUCUUUGCAUGGAUUGGAGAAAUGACAAAAAAGAUAAUUCUAUUUGUGGACGAACGGCAUCGUUUGGCAAUGGCCAUAUUCAUAAUUUUGUGGAUAUCGGCGAUGGCUUCUGCGGUGCUGGAUAGCAUACCCGUGACCGCCAUGAUGGUGCGGGUGGUCGUAUCGUUAGUGAGUAGGGAAACAUUGGGUCUGCCACUGGAGCCGCUCGUGUGGGCACUCACAUUCGGAUCGAGUUUGGGAGGCAAUGGUACUUUGUACGGCGCUUCUUCCAAUGUGGUCUCGGCUGGCAUUGCCGAACAACACGGCUACAAAAUAACAUUUACACGCUACUUGAAAGUCGGUUUCCCUGUGAUGGUCGGCCAAAUUGUUAUCAUUACAGCCUAUCUUUUGUGGGCUCAUAUUAUCUUCGAAUGGCACUAUGAGUAGUUCAAGGCACUUGGAAAGUUAUUCUAAUAUUACAAGAUUCACAAAUAUUCGGUUGAAUGUUAUCAGCUGUUUUUUGAAUACAAACACACACACAUACACAUUUACAUACAUACGUAUGUAUAAGAUUAAACCCAAAAUAUCUGUAUAUAUAAUAUGUACUGCAAUUACAAAUGUUUUCCACGCGAUCGCAAGCUCAUUACAUUUAAAUAUUCAUACUUUUUCGCUUGUGGAAAAUUUAUCAGGAGUCUAAGCUGAAUUUACUAUAACUAUGUAAAUUUAUGGCAUAUACAUAAAUGUCUUUACAUGAUUUUAUUUACUUAUAUAUACAGCAAAAAUUUUGUAAUAUAAAUUAUUACCUACUGAGAGUAGGCAUCCAAAACAUGUUAACAUUUUUUGAUUGUGAUUUUAUUCAGAAAAAUUUUAAGUAACCGGUAUCUACACUUUAAAUAAAUAAAGAAUUAUCCUGUU